UUAAGUUUAGACAGUUAAUGGGACUUAAUGAAAAAUCCUCCUGCAGUCACUUUAACAGAUUGUUUUUACCAAACAGACAAUGAGAGGUGAGAAUAAAGUGAGAGUGAAAAUAAAGGAGGGUGGGGUUGGUUGCAUCGCUCAAUAGAUUAAUCAUGCAUGCCUAGUUUUUUGGCCACCAGCUUGUACACAGGGGGAAGAGAGGGCUGCCUCUGUGUUUCCUCUCAGCUAUGGGUUCUUCUGGAAGAUGGAUGCUCUGGGCCCUGUGUGUGUGUUUCACCACUCUGGAGAAUGUUGCACUCCGGGUAACCAUGAGAGAAUCCAGUCUUAAGGUGGUUCGAGGGGAUUUUGUCAUCCUGCCCUGCUCCUUCUUCACCUCCAGCCCCCUCUCCAGGCUCAACGUCAUCUGGACUCUGGCUCCCUUCUCCAGUCCAGAAACCCCAAUACAGGUGAUUGUGUAUGACCACGGACAGGUGAUUGAAGACCCAGCCCUCAUUGGCAGGGUGGGUUUCACAGGUAUUCCCUGGAGUGCAGAUAUUGUCCUGAAUGACACACGUGCAUCAGAUGCUGGUAUUUACCGCUGCAUGGUUAAUAACCCACCAGAGACGUCAGAUCCUGGCAUAGGAGAACUGGAGCUCAGUGUCCUGGUGCCACCCUCGCUGCCUGUGUGCCAGUGGGAUGGCGACAUUGAUAUGGGAGGAAGUGUCAUGCUGUCCUGCUCGGUGGCGGAGGGCGUCCCCACUCCGGAGAUCCGCUGGGAUAAACUGAAUCCAGAGGAAAUUGCACUUCCCAUCAACAUGGAGGGGGAUCUAUCAGGCUCCGUCCAAAUUGUCAAUGUGUCAUCUCAGACGUCGGGCCUGUAUCGCUGCUCUGUUGCUAACCUCCUGGGAACAGAGAACUGCUAUGUCAACCUGUCCAUCUACAGCACCCCAGACAGAUCCUCAGGCAUUCUGCAGGGUGUGCUGCUGACCUUGUCCAUGAGCCUGGUGCUGCUGGCGCUACUGGUGCUUGUGCUGUGGCUCCAUCGCACAGGACCGGGCGGGAGGUGGAGGGAGGGGAAAGAGGAGGAGGCGUGUUACAAUGAGAUACGGUACACUCCGUCUCUGAUGAAGCGCUCGUUUGUUUGAUUUCUCAAUAUCCACAGGAAUUAAAAAAAAAAAAAGAGAACCAGAAAUGCUCCAACCCAUGUAUCAAACAAAAGACUCUUUGUUUCAUGUAGAUAAUGGAUUUUCACGGCCUAGCUAGCCCCCCCCUGCAUACUACUGCAUCACUGUACAGCAUCAUAAGUUUUGAAAUAAAUGCCCAAGUUUCCAA